ACAAGCUCGCAUCUUUUUAUCCGCGUACAACAACAACAACAACGAAUUAGCGAGGGGAGAAGCGCCGCGCCCCAACCCUAAUCCAGGACUCUUCCGUUGCCGGAGCUCCGAUUCACCCCCCGCCGAUACCGCCCGGGGUUCCCCUCCUAUCUUCCCUCCGGGUGACGGCGGCGGCGGCGGUGAUGAGCUGAGCCAUGGGCUGUAUCCUCGCCAAAGAGGCAUCCCCCUCGCCCAACCGCUCCUCCCUCGGCCAGCGGCGGCGGGAGAAGGUGGGCACUGCCGCUCCCGUUGGAUCCGGUAGCAAGUCCCAGGCCUCCCUCUCCAGGAUAGAGACCGCCGUCGAUGCCGCCCCGACCAACACCACCGCCACCGGCGCAGAGGUUCCCGAUCGACAGGAGGACGCGAAACGGCCGGAGGGACAACCUCCGGGGCGGCGCAGGCGGCAGAGGCUCGAGCCCAGGCUUAGCAAACCUCCUGGCCACGUCCACGGCGAGCAGGUGGCCGCAGGGUGGCCCUCCUGGCUCUCCAAUGUUGCCGGGGAGGCCAUCAAUGGAUGGACGCCCCGCCGUGCUGACACCUUUGAGAAGAUCGACAAGAUCGGUCAAGGGACCUACAGUAAUGUUUACAAGGCUAGGGACAUGUUGACGGGCAAAAUCGUGGCUUUGAAGAAGGUCAGAUUUGAUAAUAUGGAGCCAGAGAGUGUGAAAUUUAUGGCAAGAGAGAUCCUUAUUCUACGGCGGUUGGAUCACCCCAAUGUGGUGAAACUGGAAGGUUUAGUGACAUCCAGAAUGUCUUGUAGCUUAUAUUUAGUGUUCGAGUAUAUGGAGCAUGACCUUGCUGGUCUUGCUGCGAGUCCCACGAUCAAGUUUACCGAGCCUCAGGUGAAGUGUUAUAUGCGGCAGUUAUUGUUAGGAUUGGAGCACUGUCACAAUAAUGGUGUGCUACAUCGAGACAUUAAGGGUUCUAAUCUCCUAAUUGAUAAUGAGGGGUUACUUAAGAUUGCGGACUUUGGCUUGGCUACAACUUUUGAUCCUGACCACAAGCAACCGAUGACUAGCCGGGUGGUUACUCUUUGGUACCGAGCACCAGAGCUUCUCUUGGGAGCCACUGACUAUGGUGUGGGUAUAGAUCUUUGGAGUGCAGGCUGCAUUUUAGCGGAGUUGUUGGCCAGAAAGCCUAUUAUGCCUGGGAGGACCGAGGUUGAGCAGCUGCAUAAGAUUUUCAAGCUUUGUGGCUCCCCUUCAGAGGAUUACUGGAAGAAGUCAAAGUUGCCACAUGCCACAAUUUUUAAACCCCAGCAACCAUACAAAUGUUGCAUAAAGGAUACAUUUAAGGAUUUUCCACCAUCAUCAAUGCCAUUAGUUGAAACUCUUCUGGCAAUUGAUUCGGCUGAACGUUUAACUGCCACUGACGCACUAAUAAGUGAAUUCUUUAAUACUCCACCAUAUGCAUGUGAGCCAUCAAGCCUGCCAAAAUAUCCUCCAAGCAAGGAGAUGGAUGCUAAACUGCGGGAUGAAGAAACGAGAAGGUUGAAAAAUGGUGGUGGGAAAGCCAAUGUCAAUGGAACAAAGAAGACACGUGCACGUGAUCGAACUACAAGGGCAGUUCCUGCCCCAGAGGCUAAUGCUGAACUCCAAGUCAACAUUGAUCAGAGGAGACGGCUGAUCACGCAUGCUAAUGCAAAGAGUAAGAGUGAAAAGUUCCCACCACCACACCAGGAUGGAUCGCUUGGCUACCCAUUAGAGUCCUCACAUUAUAUGGAUCCUGCAUUUGAUCCCCCAGAAGCUUCAUUCAGCACUGUGUUUCCCUACCAGAAAGGGGGAAUAACAGCAUGGUCUGGACCACUGAUCAAUUCUGCUGCUGCAGGACACCCAAGAAGAAAGAAAAAAUCUUCAGGCAAUUCUCAGAUGCCCACUAACUUAAAACAGCUUGCUGGUGCCAAUGCUACCAAGGAAGCUCAGAAGGACAAGGACAUUACUCAAUUCAGAUGAGACGUUGGUGUAGUUAGAAACCCUCUUAUUUGGAUGGAGAGGUAAUGGUAGCUUCCUACACCUCCUUUCAUUGUUUUUUCCUUCUCUAUCUGUUAAUUUUUUUGUAUGGUGAGCCUUAAGACAGUGGGAUGGAGAAGAGUCUGCAGAUGCCGUGUAUAUUGUUUUUCUUUUCUUUUUCUUUUUAUGAUUCCAGCACCAAGAAGAACUUAAUUCUCUGGCUUAGGUUAUUUGAGUCGAAUAAUUGUCUGGAGUCCUGGGAUCCCAGCAUCCAUCUGUAUUUUAUUUAUUCCAUUGUGAAUGGGCUUCUGCCCCAUUGUCAUUUUAGAUUUCUGUUCAGUGUUAGUCAAAAAAAUAUGCUGUAAAAUACACUGAUUCAUAAGCUGCAACAGCUUUGUUAGUAUGAGUCUGAAUCUAAUUGCAAAGAA